CUCGUAACUGGGAAUAACCAUCCACCUUUGGAAACAAAUUUGCUUGUUCUGGCUAGAAAAAAAGUAAAUAUUCACUAAAACAUUAAAUUCUAAUUAUUUAAGUUUCGCUAAAAAUAAUGAGCAUCGAAUGCAGUGGAGAAUUGUACUUUUAUCCUCCAUUUACGACUAUGUCGAAGGAGUUAAUUUCUGUGUAUAAUCCAAAUCCGGAACCGGUCAUCUUCAAAGUGAAAACGACUGCUCCUAAACAGUACUGUGUUCGUCCCAAUUCUGGACGAAUUGAUGCUAAGUCCAGCGUCAACGUACAAGUUCUGCUUCAAGCCAUGAAAGAGGAACCUGCUCCUGAUUUUAAAUGCCGUGACAAAUUUUUGAUUCAGAGCAUGGCAAUUGGUAAUGAGAGUACGGAGGGUGUUGAAAACUAUCAAGAAUUUUGGUCUGAGAUGGAAAAGCACAGAAAUCCUGUUCACGACCGAAAAAUUCGAUGUGUCUACUCUGUAAAUCAAGCCCCCGGCCCUGCAUCUUCCGAGAGACAAAACGAAAACACCGCUGAUGCUUCCCAAGCUACCGCUUCCUCCGAAGCUGCCAAUAUUGGACCUGGCGGCAUUGCUCCUACCGCCGCUGCUCUCUCCUUGGAAGAGACCAAAAACGAUGUCAACAACGACAAGACUGAUGCUGCCGUCGACGAUAACUUGCGCUCUGCCGUUGACGAUGCAGGUAUUAGUCAAACUUCUGACAAGAGUCCAGUCAAUAAUACUGAGCAAACUAGUGCUCCCAUGGUAGCAGAUGAUACAGAAAACAAGGCUCAAAAUACUGUGGAUACUAGUGCUCCUGAACCAGUUCGUCGCACUAUUUCUUCUACUCCUCCUUCUCAUCCUCCUCCACCUGUGCCUAAAGAAGAAAUGAACAAUUUUGUCCAACAAACAACGGAAGCAACCCCCUCUGGUGAUGCCGCUUCCUCUACUGUUGGUAAUGACACUCGUGAAGCUAUUCAGGGAGACCAGGCUGCUGUCGCUCCCUCACAAGAGAAGGAUGCUGUUGCCAAGGAAACAAAGCCUACGUUCUCUGCUGAACCUUCUACCGUUGCCAAUGCUGCUAUGACCAACACUCCUGGUAUUCCACCUAACGUCGUGGUUGUCCUUUGCCUCAUUUUCUUCCUCAUUGGCUAUCUCUUUUUUUAAGGACGCCGUGUGGGUCAAGUAGUGAGUAUGAAAUGAUCUUCCCUUGCUGAUUUGAAUCGAAACUUUUAUGCAGUCAAAGUCGUUUAUUCUAUUAUUAAAGUUACUAUCGCUCUUUCUCCCGGUAAACAGUGUACUUUACUCUGGUACAUCCAUUGUUAAUACCUUAUUCUUUGAGUCUUCUACAUAGAAAACCUUUUUGCUUGUCUAUUAAAUAAUACUACUCUAUAAGUAGAGCUGAAAUGAACCAGGUUCUCUUUAUAUUAUUGCCGAAAAUAUGCACUUGAAGAAGGACUAACUAGCGUUGAUGAUUACAAGUUGAAUGAAUUUAUAUUUUCACCUCAAAAUCUUAAUUAUUUUAUUACUAUUAAAAAGAAUUUUUAACUGAAACAUUUGCUCAAUGGAAUAGAAGUUCGUAAACAAAAAUGAGGGCGAAGACAGGAUUAGGAAUCAUAAAGGAUGUAUGGUAUAUUUAUGGAGCGAGCAGAGCACCGGAAAACGGGAGACAGUUGUUUAUUCCUUUAAUUUUUCUAGUUCGGAAAGUACAGGGCUGUUGUAUCUCCGGAAAAUAUUUGCUUUGUAAGGGUGAUCAGGACCAUCAUAUAUAUGUAGUCGAUUCAUGCGCAUGUCCCAAAGACGAUUCUUAGGAAGCAUUCCUCCCACAGCACGUCUCAAAAGCUCCUUGUAUCCUCUCUUUUUUGCCAUUUCUUCCAUCGUCCAUUCUUUUAAAUGUCCAGGUCGUCCUGAAUGAGAGUAGUAUUUAUGUUGUUCGAGUUUGCGACCAGAAAUUCGAACAUUUUCACAAUCUGUAACUACGACAACGUCGCCACAAUCCGCAGCAGGAUGGAAAAUAGGUUUGUGCUUGCCCAUUAACGUUAUUGCAAUAUUCGACGCUAGACGACCUAAUGGAAUACCUUUCGCAGAAACAUGAUGCCAAACUUUUGCAUAGGCCAGUGCCGUCUAAACUGAGUUAAUAAGAGUUCUAUUGUCAGAAAGAUUCUAUUCAUACCUGUCCAUUAAGUGUAGACAUAGCAAUUCGUUAUUUCACUGGCUAAAGGCGCUAGUAUUUUUAAAGAAAUGAUUUAACCAAUUUCAAAAAGUCAAAAAUAAAAGAUUAUGGAAGAAUUCUGCAAGUUUUUCGAUACAAAAUUCUCAAGGUCGGUUUGCUCUUGGCAAACUUGUUAGUAGCAAGUUGCAACGCAUACGAGACAGACAGGUUGUAGGAUGAUAUUUGAUGGUUAGAAAUAAUAGAAAUAAGUGUAUAUUUAUUGAAAUUUAAAUUAUAUAGAAAGC